GUCACAUCUUAUGUAUUGUGACGUCAUAUGGCAUUUUCGUCACAGGGUGGCGAAUUUGGGUGCAUGGCGAAUUUGCCUGUACUAACGUUACAUCUACAUGUAGUGGUGGUGUUUCCGGUAGACCACACAGAAUCAUAAUCAUUCAUGGGAUCGUUUGCAUCCCAUACCAGAUAAAGCGAAACAAAGCCGCUGACAAGGAAGGGCAACAAGAUGCUGUAAACAAAACCACGAGUACUUACGACAACAGGAACACUUAUAAGUGCUUCCAGAAUGCGAACACUGAAAAUAUUUGGGAAAUGAAAAAAUGGGAUAGACAGGAGACGAGUAUAAAUGCGGGUAGUUUAUAACCAACCGAUAUCAGACUCUGCUGGACUCUGUAAGAGAUUUUGAAUUUAUUGCCUUACACACGAGAAGCAAUACAAGAAUACGAAGAUGUUUCCUUCAGUAUUUACCACAGCUCCAGUCCUUGUUAUGAUAUAUGUGCUGUGCCCAGUGUCCGCAUUCUACGUCAACGACUGCAUGCCUGAUGGUCAAUACAACUCUGACAAUGUCCUACAUGUCAGCGAUGCCAGGAUAGGCUCCACAUAUGUCGUCGCCCCAGGCAACUUGCGGGUGACAGUGGACUUUGAGAUUCUGCAAAAUGUUGACAGUGAGCUGGAACUAUCUGUGGUUGUCAAGAAGAAGGUGUGGUUCUUUUGGGCAACAGGCCACCGGAGUACUCACAGUUUGUGCGAUGUGCUGGACACGGCAUUCCUGCAAGAGAACGGGACAACUACCUGCCCAACCCAACUGUCGAAUGCUGGCAUACCCUGUCGCUGCCCCUUCACCCGAGGUCGCUACACUCUUCCAUGGACUUCCUUCGAGGUCAUCAAGCCUGAUGAUGUUCCCUAUGGAAACUACUGGGCCGAGGCACGUUUAACGGACCCGUACACAGGGGAGUUGAAGGCCUGCCACUCCAUGGGAUUCUACUUAUCAAGCUACUGAAUUAGCUUUACAGUUACAAAAGCAAAGAAGUUCUUUUCAAUGUCCAAAAGUUAAUAAUUUUACACAAUUUACAGGAUCACUCAAUAAAAUAGAUGCGUAUCUUCAAUUUGUUGAAAACAUAAAGGACAACUUAAAAAACCAAAUGAUGAGAUGCAACCUAAAACGGAACUUGCGUUUCUUUUUCGGGUCUGUACAUUUUUAAGUUGAAACCUAUAUACAUUAUUCUUGAUUGUACACUUGGUAAUUCAUGGUCUAUAUUUCAAA